AUGACGCUACGAGAUGAUGAGAAAGAUGCCUCCUCCAAUGGACCUUUCGUCCAGGAGACCAAUUACGGCCCUCCCCCAGACGGCGGCCUCCAGGCGUGGCUCCAGGUCCUCGCAACUCACCUCAUCAACGCCAUGACCUGGGGCUACGCCGCAGCCUUUGGCGUCUACCAGCUCUACUACGUCGAGACGCUUGGCCUGCCCGCCUCGCAGGUCUCAUGGAUCGGCUCCGUGCAAAUCUUCUUCACCUAUGUCAUCUGCGCCGUGUCCGGCCGCCUCGCCGACGCCGGCUACACGCGCGAGACGGUCGCGGUAGGGACGUUCCUGGCCGUCUUCGGCACCUUCAUGACGAGCCUGGCGACGACGUACUGGCAAAUCUUCCUCGCCCAGGGCGUGUGUAUCGGCAUCGGCCUGGGCGUGGCCUUCAUGCCGGCCAUUUCCGUGCUGAGCUCGUACUUCGACAAGAACAGGGCCUUUGCGCUGGCCGUCUCGGCGGUUGGCACCUCGGUUGGUAGCGUGACGUUCCCCGCGACGAUCCAGUAUUUGACGCCCAAGAUCGGAUUCCCCUGGGCGGUGCGCUGCGCCGGCUUCCUGGCCCUGACCAUGGCCGUGAUUGCAAACAUCCUGCUCAAGCCCAGACUGCCGCCUCGCAGGUCGGGCCCUCUGUUUGAAUUUGGCGCCUUCUCGGAGCUGCCGUACCUGUUGUUCUCCAUGGCUGCGUUUGUAUACUUUUAUGCUCUCUACUUUGUCUUCUUCUAUAUUAACAGUUACGCCCGUAACAUCAUUGGCUUCUCCAACGUUGACUCCAUCAAUCUCCUCCUCAUCACGAAUGCCAUGGGCAUUCCCGCGCGGCCGAUUGUAGGAUACAUGGCAGACAAAUACACCGGCCCAAUCAAUCUAUUCGUCACGGCCACCGUCGUGGUGAGCAUAGUGAUUUACUCCUGGAUCGGAGUCACUACCCGGACGGGCAUGUAUGUCUUUAGCGUUGUCUACGGCUUAUCUAUCGGUGCCAACCAGGGCACGUUUGUCUCGUCCCUGACGAGCUUAACCAAAGACCCGCAGAAGAUGGGCAUUCGAUUUGGCAUGGUAGAAACGCUCUGCUCACUGGCAACGGUGGCGGGAGCUCCAACUGCAGGUGCCAUUAUUGACCACAAUGGGGGAGAUUAUUUUUGGGCACAGAUAUGGGGAGGAACUGUCAUGGCUGCAGCGUCAGUCAUCUUUGUAGCAUGUCGCAUAUCUGCGACCGGAUGGAGACUAUGGGUCAAGAUUUAG